UCGAGAACAAGAAGACCGAGAAGAGCGAGGCUCUUUACAUUGAAUAGAAAAGUAUCCCAAGGGUUGCAUAUGUCAGUAAGAUGUCAGAUGCAGGAUUGCCAAGCAGUUCUGGAGGUGGUGGAAAAAAACUGAAAAAAAUUGGCGGUGGAAGAGUAGAAAUUAAAGAGCUGGAAGGUGGAGCGGGAAGAGGAGGGGGAAGAAGAGGUGUCGGAGAGACAGGAGGUGGAGUGGGAAGAGGAGUCAGAGAGCCUGCAGGUGGAUUGGGAAGAGGAGUCAGAGAGGCAGGAGGUGGAGGGGGAAGAGGAGGAGUGAGAGAGACAGGAGGUGGAGGGGGAAGAGGAGUCAAAGAGACAACUGGUGGAGUGAGAAGAGAGGAAGGAGGUGGAGGGGAAAUAGGAGAAGUGAGAGAGGCAGGAGGUGGAGGCGGAAGAGGAAGAGUGAGAGAGACCGGAGGUGGAGGGGGAAGAGGAGUGAGAGAGACCGGAGGUGGAAGGGGAAGAGAAGUCAAAAAGACAACUGGUGGAGUGAGAAGAGAAAGAGUUAGAGAGACAGGAGGUGGAGUGGGACGAGGAAGAGGAGGAAGAGGGGCAAACAAUCUCCCCCAAAGAAAUAAAAUUGAGAGAGAAAAAAUGCCACCGACUCGAAGGUGUGAGGAGGAGGAGGAGGAGAAGGAGGAGGAGGAGGAGGUUGAUAAUGAGAAAGAAGAACGAUCGGGGGAUUCGUUGACUCCAGCACAGCUCGCAAACCGAGCAUAUACUACGAUGACGAGUCUAAAGAAAGCGGUCAAUGAGACGAGUGGCAUGGUGAAGGAUUUAGAGGGAAAGUGGAAGGAAGAGGUGAACGGGGAGUGUGAAAUGAUAGAUGGGAAGUCGGUCGCACUUGUAGGCAGGAAGAUAUCGGAUGCUUUGGGGGAUUUGGUCAUCGGGAACGGGGAGGCGGGGCCUCCGAACGACAAGGCGCGUUUGUAUUGGCGUCUCUGUUUCCAAAUCCCUUUACGACAUGACGAGGAGGGUCCGUGGUACAAGGAAGUGAACGCCGUAAGGGCGGAUGCAAUGAGAAAAGUGAUUCAGGGGGCGUUAAAUCCUCGCUUGUCCGGAGAUCGUAAACCCGUGAUUGCCAUUCUACGAUUGAUGGAUAAAAAGUUCUACGAGGAGUUGGAACAAAUGCAAGUGGCAGACGGGUACUUAGUAGGAUAUGAGGAACGAGCGGGAGCAUGCAAUAUAGAAGAACGAGUGCGUGCUUUGAACAGGUCCCAUGAGAAGGAAAUAGGAUUGCAUGCUACAGUUUGCGUUGGGCUUGUGGGCGGUGUACGCUGCGGGAAGGAAUACAUCAUUCUGUCCGAGCAUCGAGACAUCGGUCGAGCUCGUAGCGACGGAACAACGCAUCGACUUGUUGCAAUGAACUUGGAGGAGUUUGCGAUUCGCGCAUGUGAGAUUUGGGAGCCGGUUGUGUGCAGGGAAUUCAAUUUUGAGGACAUGGAGUACAUUGUGCCGCCUACUUUUAGCGACGUAGAGGGAGGAAUUCCCUUUGACAGGGAAGGAGAGUACGAGAGGAGGAGGAGUGUCGGCGGGGAGAACCCGUCGGAAAUUCACAAUCGGGGGCAGGUGAUGAAGCGAGGGGGAUAGCGGGAGAUUACGAAAGGAGACGGAGAGAGGAUGAUGAACCUUUAGACGGGGCGGAACGUAACCACGAACGGGAAGAUGAAGAACGGAGAAGCAGACAAGGAAGGAAUGAGGGGGAGAUAGGAAGAGAGACAAACGAACAUGAGAGAGAGACUGGAGCGCGUUGGAGAAGGAGGUGUAGGAGACGAAUCCGAAGAGAAGGAGUCGAUGGCAUGCAAGAAGAUGCUCGGUUGGGAGAAGAGGAAGAUCCGUGCCCGACACUAAAAGAACAUGCCGUAACGUGGAAACCACAUAUAUACAGCAUGUUAGGAAGGUCGACGAGCAUGGAGAUAGUCGCAGCAGUAAGCAAAGGUGUAUCCAUCAAGGAGAUGAUAGGCAAUGUGAACCGUUACUCGCAAGGGUGGAGGCAAAUGGUGACGACCACGAAAAUAAUGAAAGAAAUCAAUUGCAUAGAGCAAG